UUGGGCGAACACGUCACGUGGUGGGGAAGGGGCGGGGUCGGGGACGUCGGAGAGGAAAGAGCGGACGCCACCGAGUCAGGCCCGAGCCGCUGCCGUCGCCAUGACCCGCGGUAACCAGCGUGAGCUUGCCCGCCAGAAGAACAUGAAAAAGCAAAGCGACUCAGGCAAGGGAAAACGCCGGGAUGACGGGCUCUCUGCAGCUGCUCGAAAGCAGAGGGACUCGGAGAUCAUGCAACAGAAGCAGAAAAAGGCCAAUGAGAAGAAGGAAGAGCCCAAGUAACUCUGUGGCUCAUGCCCAUCUCUCUUGCCCGUCGACCGUGUGCCUGGAGCCAGUCC